AUGCAAGCUUCCAGACCCAUUGUCGACGAGAAAAAUCCGUUCUACUGCCCGUCCCUUUCUGCCGCUACAUUCCUCGAAAAUGUCCGCCUGCAAUUUUGCUGCGAGGAUCCCCCUCCAUAUACUCGCACCGCAGCAGAGAGUCUCCCGUCUUUUCCUGAACGCCUCCAUCAAUCUCUCGACGAAACCGAUAUCUUCAAAUUGCUCUGCGAUGGUCCACCCAUUUCUACUGAAGACGAAACUCCCGAAUAUUCUUCUGUACUGCAUAGCGCAUGUCUCGUCCCACAAUGUGGAAGUACCCCAAUUAUCCACUCAAAUCGAGUCGUGCAAAAUCGCCUCGGGGCCAAGCGCAAACGCUCAAUUUCUGCCGAUACAUUCAGCGAGCUCCUGGCUCCACCCAAGCGCGAGCGCUCGUCCCAGAGCGUGAACGAUGCCUCUUUCGAGCUGAGUGCGAAGGCUGGGCGCAUUCGAUAUUUCGGUGCCUCCAGCGACACAUACGUCUCUCCGUUCAGUAACGAAACUUUAUAUCGUACACGCUCUUCGUACGGGGAUAUGACGAAAGCCAAAAUGGGGAGGAGAUUGCGCGCCUUGGAAGAUGAGCUGUAUGGGUAUCCAGUCGGCACUGAGACCCCCCGCGGAAUCAAGUCGCUAGUUGCCCGCUUGGAUGUGCUCUUACCCGGAAUUAGGCUGAAAGAGCGACUGUAUGCGCUAGACAUAAUCACGCACCAGCGAAUAGCAGAAGUGCUUGCGGUAGACGGCCAUCUGAACGCACGGAUUCUCGAGAUGCUUCGCACGUCUGAAAUUGCGUGUCUGGAUUUGACCGCCUCGCUAAUGGAUGAAGAGGGUUUGAAUAUGGGGGCUCACGAGGUGCUGCAAGUCUUCGAGAAACAAAACAGCUUUCAAUUCCUUGCCGAACUCAAUUUGGGAGAUGCUGUGCUGGAAGAUGUCGACAUCGUCAGCUUGCACCGACUUCCACGACUUACUAGGCUAUCUCUUAGUAACACUGGCAUAGGGAACGAAGCCGUUUUUAUCCUUGUAUCCCUGAAGCGCACAUUGGCAGAACUUGAUAUUGCGUUCAACCCGCGGAUUGACGAUGAUGCGAUCCCAGCACUCCUCGCACUGCCCAAACUUUCCUUCCUCUCCUUAUUCGAGACUGGCGUGCAGAUUUCAGGUUUGCGGCGGUUUGCGAUGACCCUUCGUACGAGAAAGAGGCAGACUCUAGUGGGGUUUGAAGCCCCACGCGAGUGUGAAGAGUAUGUUGAAGAUCUGCAUCGCAAACGCAUGCUGUAUCCGCGACCACCCUUGAUCGUCAAUCCGAUUGAAUGCUCGCGGCUCUCUCCAACAGCGCUGCGUCGAAACCUUGCCGAGCACGCUGUAUUCGACGCCAGCGUAGUUGUGGGAGGCUCGGACGCUGAGAUGGUGGAACGGCUGGAGCGUAUUCUUACGAUCCGCGAGAUGGACCUGGCGGUUCGCGAGCUUAUCUGGCACGGUCAGCAGAAGAAUGGGAUUGUUCAAGAAUCCGAGGAUGAAUCUGAGGACCAUUGCUCAAAUGCAUGA